AUGGACACCUCGGGAGGUUCCCUCGUCAGUCUGAUGGCCAUUGGCGAACAACUCGUUCAAAUUAAAGCUCGCACAGCUCCCGAUUGUUCUGUAGCCACAGUUCAAUCGACACUAGCUCACAGUUUACUUGCCAUACAACGCACAACAGCCGGCAAUGAGUUCGUGUCCGGUUUGUUUACUAAUUUCUACACACAUUUUUACAAUAAUCCACCUUGA